GCCUUCCAAAAUUAUCUAUCGUCCACUUACAACAAUGUUUAAAGCAGUAACAAUGAAGUAUCUAAGCUUAUUCAUUCUUGUAUUUCAAAAUCUACUCUAUAUCUUAUGCAUGCGUCAUGCAAGAUCACGAACAACAGAAGUUUUCAUCCCAUCAUCUAUGGUUACAAUGAGUGAAUGUGUAAAAUUUAUCACAUGUCUUCUUGUUCUAAGUUAUGCUGGAGAUUUGAAAAGAACGUAUAGACUCAUGAAGCGUAACCCAUUGGAUGUAUUAAUGAAUUUUAUACCUGCUAUAAUCUAUGUAAUACAGAAUCGUUUCUUGAUAGCAGCUUUAAGUAAUUUGGAUGCUGUUACAUUUCAGGUGGCUUAUCAAUUGAAACUUUUCACAACAGCACUAUUCAGUAUGCUUAUUCUUCGAAAACCAGUCAGUACUAUGCAAUGGUUCGCUUUAGUAUUAUUGUUUAUUGGUGUUGCAGCAGUAGAAUCACCUGGCGAUAGUAAAACAUCUACACUGCUGCAGCCAGCAGCGCAUAAUCCCCCGUUAGGAUUAUUCUGUGUGGUAUGUGCUUCAAUACUUUCUGGUUUAGGAUGUGUAUUUUUUGAAAUGCUUUUGAAGAAUACAAAAAAAUCAUUAUGGCAGCGUAAUAUCGAGUUAGCAUUUGCGUCGAUUAUUAUCGGUAUACCUGUACAACUUCUUACUGAUUGGAAUGAAAUUCAACAGAAAGGAUAUUUUUAUGGCUUUGAUUGGUUUGUUUGGAUAGUUAUCUUUUUGCAUUCUUUUGGUGGUUUACUCGUUGCUUUAGUUGUUAAAUACGCCAACAAUAUUCUUAAAAAAGAAAACUCAGGUAACAGUAUUUAUUCUGAUAACUUUUGCGACAGUUUUCUAAUUUUGGAACAAAAUAGUAAAGAUGAGUUUACCACCUAA